GGAGACGACGGUCAGAGCGGAUGGAAGUGCGAGGCGUUGGCCGUCAUUCACGACAUCCAGGCGUUCGUCAAACACCUGACCAUCAGUUCAGUGCUUCCGUGCGAUGAGAACGGAGUGUAUCUCAACCUCGAGACCAAAGAGGACAACGCGAUGACCGUUGAGAUGAGUUCCGCCGGCUUCAGGAUCUGCGGCCUCGCGAUGGACACCAACGACACGGACGCCACCGAAGACACCGUCUAUUACGAGACGCCUUACGCUCUCCUCGACUCCAUUUCACCCAAAUAUAGACAAUGUUUUGGCGCAGAAUUGGCUCAAAAACUACAGGAUUUGGUCGACAAG